UUCAACCGAUUCCACGUGUAACUAACCAUACGAUAGGAUAUGGAUUAUAAGCCGUAGCUAACAGCUCCAGCCAAGCCAAAAAACAAAAGCCGCAGCAGCCGCCUGAAGAUUCUAACUUCUAACCCCAUCCAUCAAGUGUCCUUCUACUCGCCGUCGGAUGUUAGGACCCCACAUCCCAUCCGACGACUAUUCUCAACUCCACGUAUUCCCCUCUUAUCGACAAAUAAACGGUCAUGACCUAACCACGUGUCGCGAAGGAUGUAUUAUUAGCCCGUGGAUCCAACGGACCCCAACAGCCUUCCUCUCCUCCCUCCUUACUCCUUCCUUCCUUCCUUCCUUCCUUCCCAUCACGCCUCUCUGCAGCCUCCCCCCACACCACCACGCUCUCCACCGGUCUCCGACCAACCCGAAUUUCCCACAAUACUCCCUCCUUCUUGAUCCAGUUACCAUCGAACGCCGAUAAUUAAGUAAGAGGUGCAAGCUAAUUUUGGAAUUUGGUUUUUGUUUUCUGAUUUUCUUUUUUAGUGUGCGGGAGUCGGGGGUGGUGAUGGCGGACUCCGACAAUGAAUCGGGAGGAGGGCAGAACAACAGCAGCGCCGGCGGAGAGUUGUCUGCGCGGGAGCAGGACAGAUUCCUGCCGAUCGCCAACGUCAGCAGGAUCAUGAAGAAGGCAUUGCCGGCCAACGCCAAGAUCUCCAAGGACGCUAAGGAGACGGUUCAGGAGUGCGUGUCUGAGUUCAUCAGCUUCAUCACCGGCGAGGCCUCCGACAAGUGCCAGCGCGAGAAACGCAAGACCAUCAACGGCGACGAUCUGCUCUGGGCCAUGACCACGCUGGGAUUCGAGGACUACGUCGACCCCCUCAAGCUCUACCUUCAGAAGUACAGAGAGAUGGAAGGCGAGAAGACCUCCCUCGGCCGGCAACCAGACAAGGAGGGACCCUCUGGCGGCUCUGGUUCCGGCGGGCCUUCGGGUGGCGGUUCAGGGUCGGGUGGUGGCCCCGGCUCAGGAGUAGGAGGAGGCGGCGGCGGGUAUAACGGGGGAGGGGGCAUGUACGGAGGAAUGGUGAUGAUGGGGCAUCAUCAGGGACACGUGUACGGCUCUGGUGGGUUCCAUCAUCAUCAUCAUGUUGAGAUAGGCGUGACGAAGAGUGGGGCCGGCGUCGGUUCAGCUAGCGCUAGUGGCGCUGUUAGGUCAAUGUAGGUAGGUGGGUGCUUCAACCUUGGAUGGGUCUCUAAAAGUACUUGUCACAUACUCUUGCUGUUCGCUUCUUUUAGCAGCAGUAAUUAAUUUUUAAAUGUGGGGGGGUUGGUAAUUAUAUAAAAUAUUUAAUGAGAAUUAACUUUGUUGAGAGUCUUAAAAGAUGUUUGAAAUUUGGAAGGGAUAAAAGUAAUUUGUGUAUUGUAUAAAGUAAAAGUGAAAAUGGAAUGUGUUUUGGGUAAAGAAAGAGUUGAAGAAGAAGUGACAGUUAGUUGACGGUUGA